GACUUUUUCUAAAAGAUACGGCGAUUGAUCGAUGGAACAAUAAAUCACGCUUCCCUCCGUCUUGGCAAUUUCAGCACUCCAAAGCAAUCCGUCCUCCCUUCGCUCCUCUCUCUCUCUCUCGCUCAAGCACGGUCGCAUCUCUGCUCCUGGGACGAAGGUGCGAUGGAGGGGAAAAUAGGUCUUUUGUUUGUUCUUCUGUGGAGCACAACCUUCAUCUCUGAUGCUAGACAACUAACUCACUCAAUUGUGAGAGGAGAAGGUUUGAGGAAUGAUAAUGUCUGCAUGCUUUGCGAGGAGUACACUGCUCAAGCACUUGAUUACAUUGGUGACAAUAAAACCCAGACUGAGGUUCUUGAACUUCUUCAUAAGAGUUGUUCCCAUCUGGCAUCUUUUGAACAAGAGUGCCUCAGUUUGGUCGACUCCUAUGCUACUCUCUUCUUCUCAGAGGUAUCCUCAGUAGAACCUGAAGAGUUCUGUAGGAAGGUCAACCUGUGUGAAAAAAAGGUGUUCCUUUCUUCACAACUUCGGGAGGAUAGCUGUGAAUUGUGCCAUCAUGCUGUCUCAGAAGUCUUGGAUAAAUUGAAAGACCCCGACACACAGAUGGACAUAAUUCAGAUUCUCCUCAAGGCUUGUAAUUCCAUGGAAAGCUAUGCGAAGAAGUGCAAGAAGAUGGUUUUCGAGUAUGGGCCACUGGUUCUCGCCAAUGCGGAGCAAUUUCUGGAAGCAAAUGACGUAUGCACCACUUUGCAUGCCUGCAAAGCUUCUUCUACCAUCACGGAUGUAGAGGUGCUGGAAACUUCAUCUGUAGUUGCUUCCUCUUAGAUGCGGCCCUAGAGAUGGGGUGGCAUCAACCUUCAUCUGUGGUCAUCAUCUGCAUUCUUUGCUUUCUGCUGUAUACUAUACGUACCAGUGUGAUUGGAGACGGACAGUGCUUUAUCCAAGAUUGAACAGAAAAGCAAACCAAAAUCGAAAGUUCCAUGACUUAAUAUGUUUGUAAAGUAUCUUCCUGUCAUGCAUUUUCCAUAGGAGUGGGGGAGAGUGGUCUUUCUAUACGUGAGUUUCUGCUUUUUCUGCUGCA